AUAAAAAAGUGAGCAAAAAGCGGGAGUGACGCCACCGGAUCGCGUUUUCCUUCUACUCCCAGAGAAUCGCCGGGCUUUUGCUGUCAUGGAGUCCGGAGGCAGACAGCGGCUGAGCCACGCGAGCAGCCACUCACAGCCGGCUUCGACGCGCUCCGCCCGGCAGCCCGGCGGAGAAGGAGAGGCCGGUGCCUUUGUGGAGGGCUCCAUACUUCGCAUCACCAUGAAAAACUUCCUGACUUACGACUACUGUGAGGUGUAUCCUGGACCGAAUCUGAACAUGAUCAUUGGAGCCAACGGAACUGGAAAGUCCAGCAUCGUGUGCGCCAUCUGCCUGGUUCUGGCUGGCAAGACUGCAACUCUGGGCAGAGGAGACAAGGUUGGGCUUUAUGUCAAACGCGGCUGUCAGAAAGGUUCUGUUGAGAUAGAACUGUACAAAAACGGGGGUAACCUGGUAAUUAGCCGAGAGAUCCACGUGGAAAACAACCAGUCGCUUUGGAUUCUGAACGGUGGCAUCAGCAACCAGAAAAAAGUGGAAGAGGAGGUCAAGGCUCUCCAGAUCCAAGUCAGCAACCUCUGCCAGUUUCUGCCUCAGGAAAAAGUUGGAGAGUUUGCAAAAAUGUCAAAAAUCGAGUUGCUCGAGGCGACUGAGAAGUCCGUUGGGCCACCAGAAAUGUACGAGUACCACUGCCAGCUCAAGAACUACCGCAACAAAGAACGAGAACUGGAGAACGUUGUGAAGGAGAAGGCAAGCUUCCUGGAAAAAGCCAAGCAGAGGAAUGAGAGGAACAAGCACGACGUAAAUCGUUACUACGAAAAGAGAAGGCACCUGGAUGUCAUUGAGCUGCUAGAAAAGAAGAAGCCAUGGGUGGAGUACGAGACGGCGCGGCUCGAGCUGGAGGGCGUGAAAAUGGAGCGGGAGGAGGCCAGAAAGCAGAUCUCCGCCCUGAGGCAGGCACAGGCGCCCAUGUUGAAGAAGAUCAAGCAGAUUGAUGACAGGCUGAAGCCCAUUGACGACCAAAUGAAGGCUAAGACUGCAGCAAUCAAAGACGCUUCUCUGAGGUGCAAACAGAAACAAGAUCAGCUGGACUCUAAAAACAAAGAGAUCGACGACAUAAAACAGGACCUGCGCCUGAAGCAGACUGAAGAGGAGGACCACCAGAAGCGGAUCAGUAACACCAGACGGACCAUUGAAGACCUGAAGUCGGAGCUGGCCAAGAUCAGCGACCAGCCAGACGUAACGCCGCAGAUCAACGCCGUCAACGUGGAGCUGAGGCGUCUCCAGAUGGAGAGAGCCAAGAUCGAAGGAGAGAAGGCUGACCUGCGCCGGGAGAGCGACAACAUCACUGCUGAGUCCAGAAUGUUGGAAAGGAAGCUGAAUGACAUGAACAACAUGAUGAAUGCCAAAGAAGACAAGCUGCGAUCCCGCCACAAGGACACGCAUGUUGCUGUCCAGUGGCUAAGGAAGAAUCGAGAGCUGUUUGAAGGAAACGUCUAUGAACCCAUGAUGCUGGUGCUCAACAUCAAGAAUCCCGACUUCGCGAAGUACGUGGAGACCCACAUCUCCUUCCACGACCUCCGAGCGUUUGUCUUCCAGAGGAAAGACGACAUGGAGAAGUUUAUGACUGAGGUCCGCGACAAGAUGAACCUGAAGGUGAACUCCAUUGCUGCUCCGGAGGAGUCGUGUUCGAAGCGCACGCCAUCCCGAAACAUCGAGUCCCUGAGACGUUUUGGGUUCUUCACUUACCUCCGCGAGAUGUUUGACGCCCCCGAUGAGGUGAUGAGUUACCUCUGUUUCCAGUACAAGGUGCACGAUGUGCCAGUGGGCAACGAGCAGACCAAAGCUCACAUCGAAACGGUGAUUAAGGAGCCGUACCUCAAGGUGUUCUACACAACAGAUGAGAGGUACGCUGUAAAAAAGUCUCUGUAUUCUGGCAAGAUUAGCACCAGCAACACUCCGAUUCAUUUCUCUCAGUACCUCACAAUAACUGUGGACGCUGAGCAGAAACGGCAUCUGGAGCAGCAGAUGAAGACCUGUAGGUCAAGACUAAAUGAGAUUGGUGAGAAAAUGAAGGCUCUGCAGAAAGAGGCUGCAGCUCUGGAUCACAAAGAAAAUGAGCUGCUGGCAGAGAAGAAACGUCUCUCUGAGCUGAAGGGGAAGAAGAGACAACUGGAACAGAAAAUCAGCACCAAACAGGACAGUCUGAAGCAGAUGGAGCAUAAUGUUGUCGAUUUGAAGAAAGUCGAAGAGGAAACCAAAGAGAAGAUCAAGGCUGUCAGUUUCCAGAAGGUGACCAUAGCUACAGCAAUGGUGGCCAAAAUGAAGCUGAGAGCCCAGUUGACGAUGGAGAAGGUGCAUCUGGCUUUGGAGAUGGCGGGCUUAACUGCAGAGAAGACUAAGCUGGAGAACGACUGCAGAGAAAGCGUCUCUGAAUUCAAAACCACGGAACAAAGAUGUAGCCGCCUGGAGCUGAGGAAGGUACAGCUGACCGAACAGUGCAAAGGCCUGUUGAAGAGGGCGAAGUCGAACUGUCGGAUGCAACCGAACGAGGAGUUAUCAGAAGACCUGUGCCAAGCUUUCAGCAAACUGCCCGACUCCCUGGACGAAGUUGACGCCCUGCUGAACGAGGAACGCUCCAGAGCCGAGUGCUUCACUGGCCUCAGUGAGAACGUCGUCGAAGAGUACAACAGGAGAGAGCAGGAGAUCAAAGAUCUUGAGAAAGAUCUUGAAAAAAAGACGGACGCCCUAAACACCUACAGGCAGAACAUAUCCGAGGCAAGGGAGCGCUGGCUGAACCCUCUGAAGCAGCUGGUGGAACAGAUAAACCACAAGUUCAGCGAUUUCUUCCGCUCCAUGCAGUGUGCCGGAGAGGUUGAACUGCACUCGGAGACGGAGGAGGAAUUUGACAAGUAUGGGAUUCGCAUCCGUGUAAAGUUCCACAGCAGCACGCAGCUCCACGAGCUGACGGCGCACCAUCAGAGCGGAGGCGAGCGCAGCGUCUCCACCAUGCUUUAUCUGAUGGCCUUGCAGGAGCUUAACCGCUGCCCCUUCAGAGUGGUGGACGAGAUCAACCAGGGAAUGGAUCCCGUAAACGAACGGAGAGUGUUUGACAUCGUGGUCCGCACCGCCUGCAAAGAGACAACUUCUCAGUACUUCUUCAUCACACCAAAACUGCUGCAGAAUCUGACGUACGCCGAGGAGAUGACCAUCCUCUGCGUCCACAACGGGGCUCACAUGCUCGCUCCCAACGAAUGGAACCAAAAGGCUUUCAUCCGACGGCGUCUCCAAAAAAAGGCCAGGGCAUAAACCCAGCAUGGCGUAAAGUCUACGGACCGACACUGGCCUUUUAGCCAAUCCGAUUUAAAGCUGCAGGAUGUUUAAUUGUUUACAUGUUUGAGUUCCAAUGUUAUUUUCUAGGGGUGAGAUAGACGUCGUUAUUGGUUUAAAGCCACAGUUUACGGUUUGGACGUUGUUACUUUGCACACAGCAGCAGUUAUUACCAAAAUCCCAACGAGGUGAAAGAUUUUUAGCCAAAUGUCCACAAUGUCUGAAAAGUUGGAAGAAUGGAAAAAUGUAGAAAAUUGGAAAAAGUGGAAAUGUCAUAGAAACCCUCGCUGGAAGGUUUUUUUUUUAUGACUACAGCUUUAUGUUUUUAGUCUUUUCUUUUGGUUUAUUCAUAGAAGCGAUGGCAAAACAAGAAACGCUGUAAGGAUUGUUUUAUUGUCAGUUUAAAGAGGGUUGUUCUCGAAGCCUCGUCCUGAGCUUAAAAAAAAAAAAGAAAAACCUGUGGAGGAAAACACAAGUUUAAAUAAAAGGACUUUUCUCCAGACAAAAGCAGUGGAUUUUGUAUUGGAUCAGAGUUAGGCUUUUAUCGAUUUUUCUAUAAGUUUUAUCCGCUGUUGCUGUCAAUUUAAUAAUUACAUUACCUGUCAUCUGACGCAGUGAAUGGAGCUCCUCUUUGGGUCGACCCAAACUCUGAUGCUAUUUGCUUGUUCCUCUGCCAGCUUGCGCUGCUUCUCCAAGUUUUCCCUUUUCCUUCAGACAGAUGAGAAAUAAUGAGUUCAGCCGUCGGAGAUUCCUGUGACGCCACAUCACAGCGCUGACACCCACCGAUGAUCCUGUCUGAGAGUUUCCCUCUGGCACAGCGUUUGAUUCUUGGUCCAGAACAGGUCCUUAUGGUGGUCGUAGAUGGAGCUCAGGUGGAAGUCCAGGCUGUCUCUUGGAGCCUGAGGCUGACAAAGGACAAAUCAAUUAGCCGAAAGUGCCUCCUCGCUUCCUGCCGUGUCUGAUGAGCAGGUGGACCAGGCGUAACCUGAUGCGUCGCAUCGCUGCGGCGGGUGCUGGCCAGAGUGGCGGUGUCGUGGAGACGGCUCCAGGGUUCGUCUGUUUGGAAGAACUGACUGGAUUCAUCGAACGUCCUCUGUACAAAUCACAGUAGCAAAGAAACGUAACGGCAUGUUCAUGUAAAUAAACAUAACCAGUCUACAAAAAAA